UCUAAAGAUGGCGGCCUCCAUCCUGCAGCGCUGUCUGAUUCCUGUUCGAACCUUUUCCAAAUGUGUCAAUCACAGAUCGAUCGUCAGAAGAUGUUUGCUGUCGGCUGCAUACACCGAUACUUCUGUAUGGGAGCAGAGACAAACAGACCCACAGAACAUCGCCCAACUUGCGUCUGUGAUGGACAGAUCAUAUGAGAGGAAGUUUCCUGUGAGCUCUUUAAUCAUAGCCAGGUUUAUAGAUAAUAUAUCUUCAAGGGAGGAAGUUAAUCAAGCAGAAUAUUAUCUAUAUAAGUUUCGUCACAGUCCAAACUGCUGGUAUCUCCGUGACUGGACCGUUCACAGCUGGUUCAGACACUGUCUGAAAUAUGGAGCCAGAGACAAAGCCCUUUACACCCUGAAGAACAAGGUUCAGUUUGGCAUGUUUCCAGACGAUUUCACGUUUAAUCUUCUUAUUGACUCCUAUUUAAAAGACCAAGACUUCAAAGGAGCGUGUUCAGUUGUGGAGGAGGUGAUGCUUCAGGAAGCUUUUGACCAGAUCUCCACUCAGAUACUGUCACUUUAUGCCCUCAGCAAAUAUCUGGCAACCAAACCUGAACUCAGUUGGCAGGAAGAGAGGAACAUCGGAGCGUCGCUGCUGUUAGCUGGACUGAAGCAGGAGAACUCUGUGGGAUUCAGCGCUCGGCUUCUGGGUUCUGCUCUUAUUGGUACAGUGGAGAUAUCUAGAGGCAUCCACUCUGUGUUUCAUGGGAUGCCGUUGACGUGGACCUCUGGUUAUCUUGGGCGAGCCCUCGACAUCAUGAACACUGUGUGUGCCGACUUCAGAGACGUGAAGUUAUCUAAGGAAGUUCUGGAGUUUGUGGAGAACGUUCUCACAGAGCUCUCGACGCUUCCUGACGGGCAGAACUCUCCAGACCAGACCGAGAAUGACCUAGAUGAAGAAGAUCAACUGGAGAGAGCAAAACUACCACAGUACAUCGACCGCUUCAAGGAGCUGAGCGAACGACUCGCGGUUCAGGACAAGAUCGAUUCGAGAAGCCUGGAGUCCCUGACGUCCAUCCUGACGCAGCAGACGCUGACCGCCUGUGAGGAAUCGGACAUCGCCGAGUACCAGACGAGAGUGCGACACUGGGAGGCCGAGCGACAUCAGCUCAUUCAGAGAGAGAGAGAGACGAGGGAGAACGCCCAGCGAGAGCGUCUGAACAAACAGAAGACGAGUGCCGCCCAGUAACACCACAAUGUGACGGUUUAUGUGUUGAUGUCUCAACUCGUCCGAGACGCUUCCUGGUAACUUCACCAGAUGGCAGAGCAUUGUUUGUCAUGUUUAUUGUCAUUGGUUGGGUCAAUUGAGAUGAAGUCUGCAUAUGAAUAUUAUUUUAAUCUUUUUUUCUUUUUUUUCAAUGCGCUGUAAAUCUGAACAGU